UAUACUUGUGAAUUUUCAAAAGAAAACUGUACAAUGGAACAGCUAAACAGCAAAACAAUUAAGUGGGUUUACCGCAAAGCAAAAUACGGGUUUGAAAACACAUUUGCUUUAACACUUGCUGAAUUUUUGCCAUCAUUACAAUCAGUACUGCCAUCAUUGAGAUUACCCGAAUUGCGCUUCCAAAAACCUGGAAGUUGUUUAGAAAUGCAUUACCAAAGCCACGGAAUGCGUCUGGAUAUUAAUACUGAUAAACAAAACUUGACUAGUCUUUCUGCACAUGGUAUCUUUGAUUGGAACGUCAUGAAAGUUAACAUUGACUAUUCAACUAGUCUGUACCAGAUAACCAUGACGCCGAUUCCCUUUACAUCUUCAGUUUAUUUUGCUUUAAAGGAUCUACGCAUACUCAAUACACCCUGCGAAGAUUGCUUUGCUUGUUUCGAUGAUUUGGCGUGCAUUGCGAAUGAAAACGUCUGUGAUAUGAAUGUGGACUGUCUCGAUAACAGUGACGAAAAAAACUGUGCUCUUGAGUGUUAUAUCGAAAACUAUUAUGAGGGAUUUAGAGAAAAAACAAAAUUCCGUCAUCAAUGUGUUAAAGGUGCUUGUAAAUUUGACUUCAAAAGCAAAGGAAAGCCGGGUUGUUCCAUUGAUUCUGAACAGAAGUGGGAAGAAUGCAGCGUUCCAAAAUGUAAAAUAGAGAGUUUAAAUUGCAAUUUUGAAAAUAAUAUGUGCAACUGGAAAUUCCCACACCAUGGAGCGAAAUGGGAGAGGCGCAACUCGAAAUAUCAUGCAGACGGCAUGGUUGUCUCGGCCACAUUGAGUCCGUACUUGUAUAUGACUAACACAUCCAUUUUAUACAGUACACCACAACCUGCAUCAUCUGAAUUUGGUUGUUUGACAGUCUCCUACUUAGGGCAGGGUGUCCACUUACAAAUUUAUAUUACUCAAGGCACCUUAUAUACACCAGACAAAAUGGUUUUCGAACGACGGGAUAUUGACUCCAAACUUUUUGCUUCGACAAGCAUCCAGACGCCGACUAAUAUUCCAUAUAUGGUUAUCUUAGUUGGAACGCUCAGUGAAACCCAAGUAGGCAUAAUACAGAUUGAAAAAAUAAGCUAUAAAAUUGGAAUUUGUGCCGACAGAGAUCCAUGUAGCAAAACACAGUUUCAAUGUCAAGAUGACAGUUGCAUUGAUGUUGGUGACUUUUGUAAUGGAUUAACUAACUGUCCGAAUCAGGAAGAUGAAUCAGCAUGUAAAAACACCAACAACAGCAACAACAUAACGUGUUUAAAGGACAUCUCUAAUUGUCCAAAACAUUGUCCUGCUCACUGUCAUUGUAAUGGAUACAUUUUUAAAUGCAAAUCCCCGGAGAACGUAACAAAAGAAGUCAGAGUUCUUGAUUUAAGCUCUAAUGCUUUUGAUUUAGAAAACCUUGAAAACUUUGGCUUGUUGGUACAUUUAAACCUGUCAAGGUGUCGUAUAACAGAUUUAAGGAGUCUUGUAGAACGAUUAAAUUCGCAUAGUCUUCAAAAUUUGGACCUGUCGUAUAACAAUAUUGAUAAAAUACAAUGGAAAACAUUCGCUGGAAUGCCAAACUUACUAUACUUAAAUAUUUCAAAUAAUCAGAUUGCACUUUUUGUAAUGGAUUUCCUUGCGUUUACUCCAAAAUUGAGACAUCUGAUUGGAAUGAAUACUAAAUUUAUGAUAAUAAUAGGUGUGUCUGUUUACAAUCAAAUAAAUGCAAGUCUUGAGUUGUUAGAUUUACAAAACAAUAACAUAAAAGAUGUUAUACCCCGCAAAGCAUUUCAUUCCCUGAAGUUUGUGUCGAAAAUAGUUUUGCGUAACAACGAUAUCACAAAUACUGAUUUCUAUUUUUCAACAUCGAUGAAAAUGCUACAUGAUUUAGAUCUAAGUUUUAAUUCAAUUCAGAAUAUAAGUGAUUAUAUGUUCGAUGGCCUAGAUGGAUUGAGAAAUCUUAAUUUACAAAAUAACCAGAUAUCAAUUUUAGCUGAAUUUUCGUUUUCAAUACUUAAGUCUUUACGUACACUAAAUCUUGCAUAUAAUAAUAUACAUACCAUUGAUAGAUUGGCAUUUCAAAACCUUUUUUUACUUGCUAAUUUAAAUCUAACUGGUAACAAAUUAAAAUAUUUAGCCCCCGAAAGAUUUGUUGCUUUGGUGAAACUUCAAGUUUUGGACUUGUCAGGCAAUGGUUUACAAAUAUUAGCGUAUGAUGCCUUUAAAAGUCUAGAAUCAGUUACGUAUUUAUACAUUCACAAUAACGAACUAACCGUUUCGAGAACCAUGUUCCAAGGUCUCUGUAAUCUUGAAUGGCUGCAGACAGAUUCUUAUUUAAUUUGUUGUGCAAAACCUUUAACAGUUAAUUCAUCAAAAUGCAUAUCACCACGGGAUAGUAUUUCGUCUUGUGAACAAUUGAUAGAUGUUGGAUUUCUUGCACAGAUGAUAUGGUACAUGGCUCUUUUCUCCGUGAUUGGAAAUGCAUAUGUCAUAUACUAUCGCAUACAGGGCGAAAUAAGAAGAAACGCUUCACAAGGUGUCUUUGUCUUGCAUCUAAGUAUUUCCGAUUUACUAAUGGGUGUGUAUCUAUUCAUCAUAGCCAUUGCCGAUCUGCAAUAUCAAAACAUUUAUGGAUUAAACGAUGGUCAAUGGAGAUAUAGCACGGCUUGUACUGUAGCAGGGAUACUGGCUACAACAUCCAGUGAAGCAUCGGUGAUUUUUAUAUUUCUUAUUACCAUUGAAAGAUACAUUGUUUUGAAACAUCCAUUUUCUGCGGGAAUUGCAAAAAAAAGACGGUUGAUUCUCUUUGUCACAAUGGUUGCUUGGUUGAUUGCUAUUGUGUUUGCAAUUGUACCCUAUUUAGUAUAUUCUGACUUCUAUAGCAGGUCUACAGUAUGCAUGUCUCUACCCUUAACACGAGAAAGGACAUCCGGUUGGUUAUAUUCAACCUUUUUGUUCAUCGGAUUCAAUAUGUUUAUUUUUAUGGCUAUUGUUAUUGGACAACUGCUGAUUUAUAUACAGGUCAAACAAAUGGGAAAGAAAAUAAAUAACGACAAUACGAAGCGGGAAAUGGCAGCGUUUAAAUCUCUCUCAUAUGUUGUUUUGUCGGACGCAUUUUGUUGGAUUCCCAUUAUAGUUAUCGGACUACUUGCCAGUGGAGGAGUGGAUAUUCCGUCGGACGUCUACGAGUUACUUAUUUCGUUUUUACGAGUUAAUUGUCUUGUUAUAAGAGAAAAGAUGUCGAAACUGCGAGAAAGGUCUCGUUAUUUUGCGCUAUUAUGCAAAAUGGAUGAACUUAAAAAUUAA